CUCCACCACACCCAGAAACUGCCUGGCUGCCAUUUGCUGAAGGUCAGGGUCUGAUAGUUUCCAGCUCGGCUCCUCCUCACGCCGGUGGGGGGGAAAAAAGAUGAACCAGCCUCACCGAAACCUGCUGCAGAGGAACCGCGUCCAGCUGGUGAAGAAACUGCAGCCCGAGCUCCUCUACGACUUUCUGACGGAGAAAGGCAUUUUCACCGAUGACAUGAUAGAGGAAGUGAAGAAUGCAGGCACGCGCAGGGACCAAGCCCGUCAGUUGAUAACUGAUCUGCAGACUCGUGGGUCGGGAGCAUUUCAUGCUUUUUUCGAAAGUCUGAAAGAAAGCAAGCAAUAUGAGCUCGCCGGUUUACUGCAAGAGGGGCUGUCUAUCCAAAAUAGCUCCUCCACCUUUGUUAGACCAGUUGAACCUACGAUAAAAUAUAAUCCCGUGCAGCAGGACACUCAGGUUUCUCACCCUAUUCAAUGUUCAGACACUGAUACAGUUCUUGGUAAGCCAACUAUAAAAAGACUACAAGAUGACAUGAUUUAUAAAAUGGACGCUGAACCCUGUGGCUUAUGUUUGAUCAUCAACAAUGUGGAUUUCUUUCCAAGCAGUGGUUUGGCUUGUCGUUCAGGUUCUGACAUCGAUUGUGAAAAUGUAGAAAAUCUCUUUGAGAAGUUACAGUUUGAGGUUAUUGUUAAAAGAAAUCUGACCAAGCAUGUGAUGGUAAAAGAGUUGCGAAGUCUAGCUCUCAGGGACCAUACAGCUUUUGACUGCUGUGUUGUUGUUAUUCUUUCACACGGCAGUCAGGCUCAGCACAGACAAUUUCCUGGUGCAAUUUUUGGAGUGGAUGGGGGCCAAUCAGUGCCAGUUCAGCAUAUUGUUAGUUACUUUGAUGGUUCACACUGCCCAACGUUGCGGGAAAAGCCCAAAUUAUUCUUCAUUCAGGCCUGUGGUGGUGAUUUGAAGGAUAUAGGAUUCAAGACAGCCGAGGAGGUGGAUAAUGCUCUUUCUAUACCCUUUGAUGCUGUUAGCUUGCAGACUGAUGCAACUCCAUGUCCAGCAGAAGAUGAGCCAGAUGCAGUAUCCAGCUUACCAACUCCCAGUGAUAUUUUGGUUUCAUAUUCUACAUUCCCAGGAUAUGUGUCCUGGCGACAUAAAAAGGAUGGAUCUUGGUACAUGAAAACACUGGUGAAUAUUUUCAGUAAAUAUGCUCAUUCAGAUGAUCUACAAACACUUUUAACGAGGGUGACAAGAAGCAUUUCAGAUAACAAGGAAGCUAAAGGAUUAUACAAGCAGAUCCCUGGUUCCUUCAACUUUCUUCGCAAACAGUUUUAUUUUUAUAACAAGGAGAAGCUGUAAUUUUUCUGGAUUAUGAACGAACGAAUAUAUGCUGUUAUACUGGUAUAAAUCACUUCGAAAAAUCCCAAAUCUCAGUGCCCUGGUUUGAAAAGGAAUUAAUUAUCACUGAAUGCUGAUCAGUUACUGUUGUUGUAGCUGUAUAUUUCCGUUGCAGCUCAUUGAAUUUGUAUCAGAUUUGUGUCAUGCAAGGAGAGGGUUAGAAAUAAAUCAGUCGUUGAAUGUUUGGUAUUUUAAUGUGUGGAUGACAUUGCACAAUUGAGGUACUAACCAGCAUUGAAAUAAUCUGUUCAUUGUGCUCACAUACAUACAAAGUAAACUUAUCUUUCAGGGAAGAAUAUUUAAAUUGCUUUCAUGACAUUUUAAUUGUUAAUUUGGGGAGUGACAGAAAGAUUGUUUCAGCAUCUAAAAGUUCAGGUCUGUAUUGAACACUUGUAUUGGUGAAGAGCAGCCGGAUUCACACAAACAAAUAUUUCUGCUUCAAAAUAUAUGGGGUAACUGAAGGCAGUGGCAUGAAGCAAGUUUGUUCAAUUAAUUUUGCUGUUAUUUCUAAUCCUGUUAGAUAAUGAAUGAAGAGAAUUUCAUUUAAUUAGCACCAUUGUGUAGUGUCCCAGUCAAGAUUUGGGAAUUGUACAGAAAUAAUUUAGAUCUUUAUGUCUGAGUUAGCUAAUCUUUAGCUAGAGUAGCAGUCGAGGUGCUGCAUUUGGAAUUAGCCAGAAGGGCUCACAUCAGAACUCAGGCAGUAUUUAUGUUCCCGUCUCUGAUUUCUACUGAUGGUUCUUACUGGAAGUUGAAUAGAGACAUGAUUGGACUAUUUGUGAUGCCCUCCAUGUUUGAAUAGCUUGUUACUGCUUGCUGUGUAUGCUGGGCAUUAAAUAGGUCAGCUGGACAAGUGAACGGAAUGUGAUUGGCACCUAAGGAACUGUAGUGCAAUAAAGAGUUAGUGCCUUCAAGAGAGGGGGAGAAAGGGCAAGAUGCCAAAGUAAAUCACUAUUGGCAACAGUUGUCUGAUAUUUUAAUCCCACAGUGUAAACUGGAUAAAUUAUGAAAGCUUGUAAAAUAUUUAAUAUUUCAUUACUGUAUAACUUUGUUAUUAUAUUACCACAGUGCAAUCAUCAAUGGUGUAUUUUUAUUUCAAAAUAAAAAUCCUUCUUGAAGAUUUAUGCAAUA